GGGGCGGGGCGAGGCGCGCGGCCGCGUCCUGAUAUGGAUCAGAAACUUUCCAAGUUGGUAGAAGAGCUCACAACUUCAGGAGAACCCCGACUAAAUCCUGAGAAAAUGAAGGAACUGAAGAAAAUUUGCAAGUCUUCAGAGGAGCAGCUGAGCCGCACCUACCGCCUGCUGAUAGCACAGCUGACCCAGGAGCAUGCCGAGAUCCGCCUGUCAGCCUUUCAGAUUGUGGAUGAGCUCUUCGCCAGGUCUCACCAGUUCCGGGUGCUGCUUGUUUCCAACUUCCAGGAGUUUCUGGAGCUCACGCUGGGCACGGACCCUGCUCAGCCUCUGCCGCCCCCCAGGGAGGUGGCGCAGAGGCUGAGGCGGGCAGCCACCCGGGCCGUGGCAGGCUGGAAUGAGAAGUUUGGGAAGGCCUACAAGAAGCUUGCCUUGGGCUACCACUUCUUAAGACACAACAAAAAGGUGGAUUUUCAAGAUUCAAGUGCUCGAACUCUGGCCGAAAGAAAGAGAGAAGAGGAGAAGCAGAAGCACUUGGAUAAAAUUUACCAGGAAAGAGCCAGCCAGGCGGAGAGAGAGAUGCAAGAAAUGUCUGGAGAAAUGGAAUCCUGCUUGACGGAGGUGCAGAGCUGCUUGAGGCUGCUGGUGCCGUUUGACUUUGACCUCGGCCCGAGCCUGGAGACAGGAUCCCUCGGUGUGGCUCCUGACGCGUCCGAUGCCCCCAGCUCCUCCUGUGCCAGCCAGGUGGGCCCGUGCCGGUCCGGCCCCCCUGACCCCCGGGACGGGGAGAAGCCCUGCUGCAGUAGGGACCUGCCUGCCUCUGCAGGCCAACCCGGAGCCGGCGGCGGGGCGCUGCCGCCCCAGGCAGCUGGGGGGGGCCCCUCAGAUGAGGACGAGGACGGCGACCCGGAGGAGUUUGUGCGGAGCCACGGGCUGGGCUCACACAAGUACACGCUGGAUGUGGAGCUCUGCUCAGAGGGCCUGAAGGUGCAGGAGAACGAGGACAACGUCGCUGUGGUCCAUGCCGCCCGUGACACACUCAAGCUCAUCCGGAAUAAGUUCCUGCCGGCCGUUUGCUCCUGGAUCCAGCGCUUCACCCGCGUCGGGACCCACGGUGGAUGUUUAAAACGCGCCAUUGACCUGAAGGCAGAACUGGAACUUGCCCUGAGGAAAUACAAGGAGCUGGACAUCGAACCUGAGGGAGGGCAGAGCUGCAGGACUGAAGCCCUGGGGGCUGGGGAGGAAGACGAGGACGAUGAGGACUUUGUGGAGGUGCCUGAGAAGGAGGGGUAUGAGCCCCACGUCCCUGACCACCUGCGGCCUGAGUAUGGGCUAGAGGUGACGCCCGAGAAGGACCCAGCUGCACGGGUCUUGCGGAUGAGGAUGAGGAGGGACGAGGAGGCGUCGGAUCCCACCUCUGCGGCUGCUCAGCUGCGGCGGCUCCAGGACCAUUUGCCGCGACCCUCGUCUGCCAGCCCUUCCAGAGUGUUGCUGGAGCCAGAGGAGGCCCAGAAGCUGGCAGCAGAGCGGGCCCGGGCACCUGUGGUGCCCUACGGCGUGGACCUGCACUACUGGGGCCAGGAGCUGCCCACAGCCGGGAAGAUCCUCAAGUCUGACUCCCAGCACCGCUUCUGGAAACCCAGCGAGGUGGAGGAGGAAGUGGUCAACGCCGAUGUCUCUGAGAUGCUCCACAGCCGCCACAUCACUUUUGCGGGGACGUUCAAGCCGGUGCAGCACCGGUGCCGCGCCCCGAGGCCAGACGGCCGGCUCUGUGAGCGCCAAGACCGGCUGAAGUGCCCUUUCCACGGGAAGAUCGUUCCAAGGGAUGACGAGGGACGGCCGCUCGACCCGGAGGAGAGGGCCCGGGAGCAGCGGCAGCAGCGGCAAAAGCAGGAGCGCCCAGAAUGGCAGGACCCUGAGCUGAUGAGAGACGUGGAGGCAGCCACGGGGCAGGAUCUCGGCUCGUCCAGGUACAGUGGGCAAGGCCGGGGGAAGAAGAGGAGGCACCCCCACCUCACCAACCUGAAGGCCCAGGCUGACACUGCCCGUGCUCGCAUCGGAAGAAAAGUCUUCGCCAAGGCGGCUGUCCGGAGGGUAGUUGCAGCCAUGAACCGGAUGGACCAGAAGAAGCACGAGAAGUUUUCAAACCAGUUUAACUAUGCGCUGAAUUAGAGAGCUGGGCCCAGGGCACCCUCAGCACCUCUUCUGCCUCUGCCAGUGCCUUAGGACACCAGAGUGGGUGCGGGUCUGGGCAAUGACUGUGCUUUGUCUAUUACUGUGUUUGAUGUAAAGAAAUGGUAUUAAAAUGGCUUGAAGGUGGGGCUCUCUGCUGCUGCCGGGUCCAGCACCAUCUGCUGACAGGUCUGGCCUCACAAAAGAGGCCCUUGAGCCUGGAGAAGUGAACCCGGGCAGUGAGCCUGUUCCCAGAGGGCACCCAAGAGUUCUGGCGGGGCCAGUGCCUGUGGUGGGGCAGAAAGUGCGUGGAGAGAAAGAGCCAGGAGGUGACCGCUCAGAGGAGCUCUGGGGAAGCCCACUUUUGUGCAAAUGCUGUUUUUAACACAAACACCAAGGCUAGGGAACCGUUCACUCACCUGCUUCUGCUUCCGGAUGUGCCUUUUCAUACAACCUGCAGUCUUUUGUGUGUUGAAGACAUACCGAGCAUCUUCUCACGUGCCUGCUGGCCACUUGUGUGUCUUCUUUGGAGAGGAGUCUAUUCAGAUCUUUUUCCCAUUUUUAAUUGAAUUGUCACUCUUGAGUUGUAACAGCUUUUUUUUUUUUUUUUUUUUUUCUCUCUUAGAGAUGGGCUUUCACCCUUACCCAGGCUGAGUGCAGUGGUACAAUCAUAGCCCACUGCAACCUCAGACUCCUGGGCUCAGGCCAUCCUCCCUUAUCAGCCUCCCAAGUAGCUGGGACCACAGGCGCAUGCCACAACACUUGGCUAAUUUUUUAAAUUUUUUGUAGAGACGAGGUCUCACUGUGUUGCCCAGGGUGGUCUCAAACGCCUAGCUUCAAGCGAUCCUCCUGCUUCAGUCUCCCAAAUGGUUGGGAUUGCAGGCGUGACCACCGCUCCUGGCCACGAGUUCUGUAUGUUGUGAAUACUAGAUCCUCGUGUGAUUUGCACAAACUUUCUUCCAUGCUGUUGCGUCGCUUUCCAGAUGUGUCCUCUGAAGCACAAAAGUUAAUUUUGAUGAAGUCCAGCAGUUUAAUCUGUUUUUUUCUUUUGUUGCUUAUGUUUUUACUGUUACAUCUCAGCAGCCAUUGCCCAAUCCGGAAUCAAGAGAUUUGCACCUGGUUUCUAAGAAGCAUGUAUAAUUUCAGCUCUUCGGUGUCGGUCUUGGCCCUCUGUGAAUUAGGCUUUGUGUGUGGUGUAAGCGCCCAUAUUCUUCUGCGUGUGGAUAUCCCACAUGCACCAUUUGCAUGGUUAGCCCAGCACCAUUUGUUGAAAACAUUAUUUUUCUCUGUUGAAUUAUCUUGGCACCCUUAUUGAUAAUCACGUGACCAAAAAGGUAUAGGUUUAUUUCUGGACACUCUAUCCCAUUGACCUGUUUAGCCUUACGCCAGCACCACAGUGCGUCGGUCAGCAUGGCUUGCUUUGUUGGGGUCAGUUUUACUUUGUUCGGUUUCAAGGUUUUCUUGACUACUCUUUAUCCCUUGCAUUUCCAAAUGAAUUUUAGGGUCCGCUCAUCAGUUUCUUAAAAAAAAAAAAAAAAGCUGAGAUUUUGAUAGGAACUGCAUUAAAUCUGGAGAUUGCUUUGGGAUGUAUUACAUCUUAAUGUUAAAUCUUAAGUCAUGAGCUUCUGACUAUCUUUCCAUUUACUUGGGUCUUUUAAAA